CCGAGGAGGAUAUGGGCUUCUAGCUUAGGCGAAACUUUCAUCGAGGCCCAUAAAGGAGUUCAUGGGCCCAUCACUGUGGGCCGCGCGGUGCGGCCCCUCGGCUCAAACAUCGGACCCCCUGAUCAGAGAGUUUGACAGAGGUCGCCCCCCCUCCUUUCGCCGCUGUCAUCGAAGCUCCCCAACCGCCAUUGAUGCUCAAGCUCCCGAGCUCCGUAUGGUCAGAGCGGAUCCACGGAACUCUCCGCGAACUCUCUACACUGGCCAAUAGCUGACCCGAACACUGGCGCUGAACCUCUAAUGCAGGAGCCGGAACUCAGCUUCUAUGAGAGUGCCUCUCCACUAUCUUCGAGCCAUCUCACAGCUCCAUAGUCCUCUCCGCUCUUACAGCAGCGACGCCUCCGUCUGCAAUGAGGUCCUCUCCAUUCUCGAGACCGCAGACCCGAUGGAGCCCGCCCUAGAGCGCGUGGCCCCACGCCUCUCCCUCAGCUCCGUCAAGUCCGUCUUCCUCCGGCAGCCCGACCCGAAGCUCAAGCUCCGCUUUUUCAUCUGGGUGACGCGGCUCAAGCACCUCCACUGCUGGAACUGCUACGACCUCGCGGUCAACGUGCUCGUGAAGGAGAGUGGGUUCGAUCUUUACUGGAGCAUCCUCGAGGAGCUCAAUAGGCUCGAGGUCGCGAUCGACUCCGACGCCUUCUCGCUGCUCAUUAUGGCGUACUCGAGGCUCGGGGUAACCGACAAGGCCGUCCAAGCCUUUGGGAGGAUGAGGGAUUUCAAAUGCGAUCCCAAUGUGUACACUUACAAUAAGAUACUCCAUGUGAUUGUUCAAAAGGAGGUUUUUUUACUUGCUCUAGCAUUGUAUAAUAAGAUGUCGAAGUCGGAUUGCUUGCCUAAUAUUGUCACUUACACGAUUCUGAUUGAUGGGUUCCGUCGGAGUGGGAAGAUAAAGGAUGCGCUGAAGUUGUUUGAUGAUAUGAUCUUGAGAGGGAUCACUCCCAAUGAGAUGACUUACACCUCUGUGAUCUCGGGUCUGUGUCAGGCGAGGAAUUCUUCUUAUGCGUAUAAAUUGUUCGAAUCGAUGAGGGCAAAUGGUUGCGCUCCAGAUUCAAUCACUUUCAAUGCUUUGCUCGAUGGGUUCUGUAAAUCGGGGAGAGUGGAUGCUAUUUUAUUACUUCUUCCUGAGUUUGUGAAGGAUGGGUAUGUCUUCGGGUUGAAAGGAUACAGUAGUGUGAUUGAUGGUCUGUUUAGGUUGAAGAGAGAUGAUGAGGCUGAAUCGUGGUACAAGAAGAUGACUGAGGCAGGGAUUGAACCCGACAUUGUUCUUUAUGGGAUAAUGAUCCGUGGGUUUUCGCAAGCGGGCAGGUUUGAUGAUGUCAUGGGCAUAUUCGGAGAGAUGACACAGAGGGGCAUCCUUCCGAACACACACUGUUACAAUGCUCUGAUAAAAGGGUUCUGCGACGUGGGUCUUCUUGAUGAGGCAAGGUCACUUCAGCUCAAGAUUUCUCGCUCAGACAGCCCUCCUAGUGUCUACACAUACACGAUCCUCAUCUGCGGGAUGUGCAGGAAUGGGCUGGUGACAGAGGCUCAGAAGAUCUUCAGCGAGAUGGAGAAGAACGGGUGCUUGCCUUCUGUUGUGACCUUCAAUGCUCUCAUGGACGGCCUCUGUAAGGUUGGUGAGCUCAAGGAAGCGGGGGUUCUGCUCUACAGGAUGGAGAUAGGUAGGAAUCCUUCAAUAUUCCUCCAGCUUUCUCAGGGUCCAAACCAGGUGCCCGACACUGAGAGCCUGAAAAGGAUGGUCGAACAAUUAUGUGAGACGGGAUUGAUUCUCAAGGCCUACAGGCUCCUCAUGAGGCUCGCCGAUGAUGGAGUUGUUCCCGACGUUACAACUUACAACAUCCUGAUAAAUGGUUUCUCUAAGUUAGGCAACAUUGGGGCUGCUAUCAAGCUCUUCAAGGAGUUGACGAGGAAGGGGCUGUCCCCCGACUCGGUUACCUAUGGUACCCUGAUAGACGGGCUCCAGAGAGCUGACAGAGAAGAAGACGCGUUCAAGGUUUUCAAUCAGAUGGAUCAGAGUGGGUGCACACCAGGUUUUAAUGUCUACAAAACUCUAAUGGCUUGGUCGAGCAGGAAGGGCAAAGUCUCCUUAACGUUCAGUCUUUGGUUAAAGUACUUGAAGAGUGUCCCGGGGUUGGACGAAGGAGUAAUCAGAUUGGCGGAGGAACAUUUCGAGAGAGGGAAUGUGGAGAAGGCAGUUCAAGACUUCCUUGAGCUCGAACGAACACUGAAUGAUUUCGAUCCGGCAUUCUAUACUAUCUUGCUGUUUGGGAUGUGCCAGGCAGGAAGAACUGAAGAUGCUCUGAGGAUCUUCUUGGUUCUUCAGGAACACCAAGUCAACGUGAGUCCGCCGAUUUGUGUGAAAUUGAUGCAAUGUCUCUUAAGGGAAGGAAACCUUGAAACAGCAGUAGACGUUUUCCUCUACACCCUCGAGAGAGGUUUCUUGUUGAAGCAGAGGAUAUGCAAUCAACUGCUGCUGGCACUGCUGCGGUCUCGUUAUUGGAGGCAAGCCAUCGAUCUUAUCGAGAGGAUGAAGGUUUUGGGGUACGAUUUGAAUGGACAUCUGUAUGAUACUACUAAAGACCUCUUAUCCGGUACUUCGGGGUCAACCGAGCUGGAGAAGGCUUCACCAGGAUAAAGUUCUGGGUGCGAAAAUCUGAAAUUUUUCAUUGACUUUGCUCUCUCGUGAAAAAGGAGAACUCCUGUGCCUGUUUAAUUAAACUCGAAGAUCUGCUCCUCUUUCUCGAAGCUCGGCUGUAAUUUUUGUAGACAGAGAGAUGCGAGAAAUCGGUAUUUCAUAUUCAUGUUUCAGGUAAUAAUCUGACUGCUGCCGAAAAGGGAGGGGGCAAAUGAUGUCUCUCCUCAAGCAUCCUGAAAUUUUUGUAAUUCUCUCACUCUGUAACAUUUACUGGUUAGGAAAACAAAGAACAGCAACAGCACAUUCAUUUGUCUUCUGUCUUCAACA